GAUGCCCAUCUUUACCGGCCAUGAAUGGGGACGCAAGAGGAGGAUAUCGGGACCUAAAUCCAAUGACCAGCAUCCAGAACCACGACGCUCUCACACCCAUCAAAUACACAGUAACCCACAGCAAAGUCCGUACGUUUCGCCGCCACUAGCUACAAUUUCGCAUCCCGCAGAAUAUGGAGGCAAUCCAGGCAAUCCACCGCAACAUUAUUCGGCCUACGGGACAAGUUCCCAAUUGCAACAUCGUCCCACAGAAGGCUAUGUGCCAGCACCAAACCAACAUUCUCAACAGUACCUCGCUGGCUCGAACGCCAACUUAACAUCACCUCCGACGGAGAACAGAAAUCUUCUAAGCACCCAGUGGAACAGGGCAGGCAGACUCGCAUCAAAGUCAUGCGAAAACCUCUCUAAUCAAAUAACGGACAGUGCAAACAAGAGCGCCACAUUGGUGGAGAAGAGCGUCAACAGGAGUGUAGGCCUCACGACAAAGAGCGUAUCCACCAUCACCACCUAUGGCAUAGUGAAGCCAACCAACCUGGUAACGAAGAAGAGUGUUCAAGCGUUAAACCAAACGGCUGCACUCUGUGACAGGAUAAGCGACAAAUUCGACGCUGUCAUCACUAGCAUGGACGGGGGCGUCUUUAGUGGAGAUGAAAGGGACUUAUAUGUCUACGAUGAGACGACACAGGCUUCAAGCUCAACCUCACCGCCGCCUAAGGUGACUCGGGAAAGAAAAGCCAGCAACCCCAAUGCCCCCAGCAAUGACAACGGCUCCAAUUUUUUCUCCAAAGUUUGGCUCUAUUCAAACGCGCGUCUGCCACCGCAUCUUCCGCCGUUCAAGGUCUACGUACCGACUUAUUCUCUGCUCUGCUUAGCAGCUAAAUAUUCGGAGAGGGCCUACGAGCCUGUGUCAUCAGCCACUUCCGAGACACACAUACCAGCCGAUUGGAGAUCUGGCACAAAAGCGAUGGUGCUGAAAUCUUUGCCUGUUGAUGAUAUGAACACAAUCGUUUUCGCGAUUCGCGGCUCACAAACGUUUAUGGACUGGGCGGUCAACUACCGUACCGCGCCUAGCAGCCCCAAGGACUUUCUGGACGACGCGGGGAAUUUAUGUCACGCGGGCUUCCUUUACGUGGCCAAAAAGAUGGUCAAGCCGGUAGCUGAACGGUUGCGUGUGCUUCUCCAAGAGAAUCCCGCCCGUUCAAACGCCAGCUUGCUGAUAACUGGACACUCCGCAGGCGGUGCUGUCGCAGGUCUCCUUUUUGCCCAUAUGAUGAGUUCAAACACUCAAUCAGAGCUCAGCUACCUCACAGGAUUCUUCAAGCGUGUUCACUGCGUGACAUUCGGCGCGCCUCCCGUUAGCCUUCUCCCCUUGAAAAAGCCAAGCGAUAGGCAGUACCGUAAGAGUCUAUUCUACUCCUUCAUCAACGAAGGUGAUCCAGUCCCGAGGGCCGACAGAGACGUCGUCAAAAGUCUGCUGAGGCUUUACUCAAGCCCUUCCCCCAAUGUGUCCUGCGUAACAUCCAGCCUCGCAAACCUUUCCCGCUUAAAUAUCUCUUCUUCCACCAACACCUCGCAGAAUAUACAGACUGCAUCCACGUAUCCAAUGGGCCGACCGGGUAAAUUUUCUAAACCGUCAAAGACAUCUCUCAAAACAACAUCGAGCAAUUCAACGACUGCUUCCCUGCCUGCCUAUCCUAUAGUACCUGGGUCUCUGAGCCCUUCCGGUCGACUGAUAGUGCUAAGAAACAAACCUGGAAGUCAUAGCAUCGGCGGAGAGGAGGUGAUUGAAGCCGUGACGGUCGAGGACGAAAUGUUGAGGAGUGUGGUGUAUGGUGAUCCGAUGAAACACAUGAUGAAGCUGUACAGGAAGAGAGUGGAGAGGAUUGCGACGAGGGCGAUUACCGGUGCGGAUUGGUGA